CUCGAUCCAUAAUGGAAUUCAUCGUCCAGUUUGGAUCUUCUUGGACUUGCUUGGUUUUACUUGGCUCAGCAACCCUGUUAUCAUCGAGCGGGAAUUUGUGCCUCUCGCUUGACGUCGAAGACGACGAGGAGUUUUAUGCAUUUGAGCUGCUGUUUAGUAUUGCAGAUUCCGAAGCCAUGACAUUGACUGAUAAAGUGCUGCGAAAGAAGGCAAAGAAAUUUGAAUCACAAGCCUUUCAGAAGAAUCAAACUAGUUUCACUCAUCUACCUGACCUUGAUCUCAUCCUUAAUGAUGUUUACCAUGUUCAUUAUCCAAAACCAGUUGAUUACAUCAAUAGGAGAGAUUUGGUUCGAAUACUCAAUACAAUGGCAAAAGAAAUAUAUGGAAAUUCUGAUGAUUCUCCAGUUGUGGAGGAGUAUGGCUCUUUUUUAAUGGAUAUGUUUAGUCCACAAAGCGAUCUAGACUUAUCUGUUAACUUCGGAAACAAUGGAGUGUGUGCUCCUCAUGAGAAGAAGAUUCAAACCCUUCGGAAGUUUGCAAAAAAGCUCCAUUCUCUUCGAAGUAAUAUAUAAAUAUUUACAAUACUGUUGUUUAUUUUUUGCAAACUUGUUAUCUUCUAUGUGAUACAUGGUUAGAACUUGGUUCCAAGUCUUGGCAUGCUCACCUUCAUGCAGAAGAAAAUAUCAUCUUCCAAUGCUUAAUUCACGCAUUUUCAUUGUAAUUAAUAAUGCAUUAUUUCAUAAUUAAGAAUUGAUAGCACAAAUAUAUGUACUGUCAGAGUU